AAUAUAACGCUGCCCAUUUUGCUUGAGUUGAAGAAUAAGAAGAAAGACGAAGAGAUGAGAAGUUUGCAAGUGCAGGUUCCCCAUGUUGCCCUGCUGGCCUUCCCCUUCACAUCUCAUGGGACUCCCAUGCUAAUACUCGCGCAGAAGCUCGCAGGCAUGGCUCACGACGUCCGCUUCUCCUUCUUCACCACUUCUGCCUCCAUGGCUUCCAUGUCCGAGCAGAUCGCAGCCUGCAAGGACAUCGCCAACCUCUCCUUCCACGCCGUCCCUGAUGGGCUGCCGGAGGGCUUUGCGUUUUCACCGCAACGUCCCGAGGAGCCCGUCCAGCUCUUCAUGAGGUCGGCCCCCGACGGCCUCCGUCAGGCUCUGGCGGCCGUGCCCACCGUUUCCUGCCUGAUCAGCGACUGCUUCCUACCCCUUACGCAGGACCUGGCCGACGAGUUGGGUGUGCCCCGGAUCUCCUUUUGGACGGCCGGAGCGUCCAGCCUCUCCGUCCAUCUCUAUACUCACCUUAUCAGGGAUACGACUGAUGCACGUGGAUUGAAACCAGAGAGCGACGGAGAUGUUGCCGUCGACUGCAUCCCCGGCCUUCCUUUCCUAACACUCCAGGAUCUACCAGAAGGCGUCGUCUCCGGCCGCCUAGACUCCCCAUUCUCCCUUCUUCUCGAAGAUGUGGCUCGCACAGCGCCGCGCUCCUCAGCCAUCAUCGUCAACACGUUCGACGCCUUCGAGUCCUUCUCCCUCCCGGCCAUCCGGAACAAGGUCCCGGCCUGCCUCUUCGUCGGCCCACUGUACCGCCAGACGGAAACAGCUGAUGACCACCAUGGCUGCCUUCCCUUCCUCAACUCCCACCAACCCAACUCUGUCAUCUACGUCUGUUUCGGCACAGUAGUUGAUCUCUUACUUCCGAAGCACGAGCUCGUGGGCUUAGCGGAGGGCCUAGAGUCCUCCGGGCAGCCGUUCCUUUGGUCGUUGAAGCCGGAGCGGCAAGCUGACCUGCCGGCCGGCUUCGUGGACCGGGUGAAAGGUCGGGGGCUUUUGGUGCCGUGGGCGCCGCAGCCGCUGGUUAUCCGGCAUGCCUCCACCGCGGUGUUCUUCUUUCAUGUAGGCUACAACUCGCUGCUGGAGAACUUGGUGGACGGGGUGCCCAUGAUUUGCCGGUCGGCGUGGGCCGAUAAUCAUGUGAACUCCCGCCUGGUGGAGCGUGUUCUGGGGACGGGGCUGCGGCUGAGGGGCGGGACGUGCACCAAGGAAUCAGUGGAAGAGGCGAUUCGGCUGCUGCUGCAUGAAGGGGAAGGGAAGGCGAUGAGGGAGAAAGUGGGUUACUGGAAGAGCAAGGCACAGGAUGCUAUGGCGCCCGGUGGAAGCUCGAUUGAGAACCUCAAAGCCUUGCUGCAGAUUUUGAGGGGGGCGGGACCUAAUGGCUCGGUAAUGUGAAUCGGUUUUCAGAAUCCGACUCCGAACCAGUACCAUGCUACCGACAGAUCCGCGUGUGUCGUGCUUUUUCUUAAUUUCCUGUGUUUAAUCUUUAUGCUUGUGUUCGACUGUUCGUGAUGUUGUUAUCAAAAUCAGAAGACCAAGCAGAGCGAUCGUUUUCCUAGUUUUAUUAACUUUUAAUUUUAGUUGUGGAAGGUAAUAUUGGCAAGCUUUA